AUGACUACUGAAAACAUCGAACAUAAAAUCGUUCAUGAAGCACGCAAUGCUCCAGUGCAUGGCGCUCCAAAACAUUUUUUCAAUUCUCAACCAGGUCCAAGUUAUAUUAAGGAUAUGGCACAAUAUAAAAAAAUGUACCAACAAUCUAUUGAGGAUCCUGAAGCUUUUUUCGGGAAGAUGGCUACGGAUUAUCUAUAUUGGGAUAAGCCAUUCAGUAAAGUCAAAUAUGGUUCUUUAGAAAACGCAGAUGUUGCUUGGUUCUUAAACGGUGAAUUGAAUGCUUCUUACAAUUGUGUAGACAGACACGCCUUUGCCAAUCCAGAUAAACCAGCUUUGAUCUAUGAAGCUGAUAGUGAAAGAGAAAAUAGAAUCAUCACUUUCGGUGAAUUGUUAACACAAGUUUGUAAAGUUGCUGGUGUUUUAAAGAGUUGGGGCGUUAAGAAGGGUGACACUGUAGCAAUUUACAUGCCAAUGAUCCCAGAAGCAAUCGUAGCCAUGUUAGCCUGUGUACGUUUAGGUGCCAUCCAUUCCGUCAUCUUUGCAGGGUUUUCAUCCGGUUCUUUAAAGGAUCGUAUUGUUGAUGCAGGCUGUAAAGUCCUCAUCACUUGUGAUGAAGGCCGGAGAGGUGGUAAGACAAUCCAUACUAAGAAGCUUGUCGACGAAGGUCUAAAUGGGGUCGAUUCAGUCUCUCACAUCCUAGUUUUCAAGAGAACUGCCAGUCCAAAUAUCCCAAUGAAAGCCGGCAGAGAUUUCUGGUGGCAUGAAGAAUGUGAAAAACAAAGAUCUUACUUACCUCCAACCCCAUGUAAUGCUGAAGAUCCAUUAUUCUUACUUUAUACAUCUGGUUCUACCGGAUCUCCAAAGGGUAUCGUCCACACUACAGGUGGUUAUUUACUAGGUGCUGCCUUAACUACAAGAUACGUUUUUGAUAUCCAUCCAGAAGAUGUGCUUUUCACUGCUGGUGAUGUUGGCUGGAUCACAGGCCAUACUUACGCAUUAUACGGUCCCCUAGUCCUCGGUACCGCUUCAAUUAUAUUCGAAUCCACUCCAGGAUAUCCUGAUUACGGUAGAUAUUGGAGAAUUAUCGAACGUUACAGGGCUACCCAUUUCUACGUAGCUCCAACCGCCUUGAGAGUUAUUAAGCGUCUUGGUGAAGCUGAAAUUGCUAAAUACGAUAUUUCUUCUUUACGUGUACUUGGUUCUGUCGGUGAACCAAUUUCCCCUGACUUAUGGGAAUGGUACAAUGAAAAAAUCGGUCAAAAUAACUGUGUUAUUUGUGACACUAUGUGGCAAACUGAAUCAGGUUCACAUCUAAUUGCUCCAUUAGCUGGUGCCACCCCAACGAAACCCGGUUCCGCUACUCUUCCAUUCUUUGGUGUCCACGCUGCAAUCAUUGAUCCAGUCACCGGUAUUGAAUUGAAGGAAAACGACGUAGAAGGUGUGUUAGCAAUCAAGUCCUCCUGGCCUUCAAUGGCUAGGUCCAUAUGGAACAAUCAUGCUCAUUACAUCAACACUUAUAUGAAGCCAUACCCAGGCUUUUAUUUUACAGGUGAUGGUGCUGGUAGAGAUCAUGACGGUUACUAUUGGAUUAGAGGUAGAGUUGACGAUGUCGUCAAUGUUUCUGGACACAGAUUAUCUACCGCUGAAAUCGAAGCUUCUUUAGUCAACAAUGAUUGUGUCUCAGAAGCUGCUGUCGUAGGUAUCCACGACGAAUUAACAGGCCAAGCAGUCAUUGCAUUCGUUCAAUUAAAGAAACAAUUGCCAAUUGAAGAAGAAGGCGCCUCACCAGACGAUCUCCGUCGUGAAUUGAUAUUACAAGUCAGAGGUGAAAUAGGUCCAUUUGCAGCUCCAAAAACAAUUAUCUUGGUCAGGGACUUACCAAAGACCAGAUCCGGAAAGAUCAUGAGAAGAAUCCUAAGGAAAGUUGCAUCCAACGAAGCUGAUCAAUUGGGCGACUUAUCUACACUAGCAAAUCAAGAUGUUGUUCCUGCAAUUAUUGAUGCAGUGAACAUUCAAUUUUUCAAUGCCAAGAAAAAAUAA